GACAGUGAGACAGUGUAGUUGCGCAUACCAAGUUUCCGAGUUCGUAAUCCACACUAAAGGGCACCGGAUCGCAUUCGCUGUUGGUUCAUUCGUUCGCCGUGUUCGCUGUGUUUUGGUUGUUUUUUUAUUCACUUCAGUCUCCACAGGUGAAGUAAAAUGACCUUCCAAGAGGUCUAGAGGUUUGAAUACCAGCCGAACAUCACUUUUCCGUAACCGCGUGACACUCGCCGAUAAGACCAGAAUAGCAUACCGAAAUGGAUUUGCCUAAGGGAGCCAAAAUAACCCAUGCCGGGCUGCUGCAGCACACUCCGGAUGGCAAGACCGAGAUACAGAAAAUCACCCAGGCCGGUCUGGUGGCGCGCUCGCCGGAAGGAACCGCUGCGAAGGGUAUGAACAUCCGAGGAAACGAAGACCUGUGGGUGGAGAUUCAGGCGAACACGUUUAAAAAUUGGGUUAAUGAGCAUGUGAGGGAGUCUGGUUUGCGGGUCAAUGAUUUCCACGAGGAUUUCUGCAACGGUACAUUCCUGUGUGCCCUGGUGGAAAGUCUUCAGAAGCGUCCUCUGAAGCCAAACUGGAACAAGCGACCCGCCAAUCAGCACCACUAUCUGGAGAAUGCAACCACCGCCCUCAAUGCGAUUGAAGCGGAUGGAGUGAAACUAGUCAAUAUCGGAAACGUUGACAUAGUCAACGGAAACGUCAAGCUGAUACUGGGCCUUAUAUGGUCCCUGAUUGUUCGGUACCAGAUCGGAAGGAGUAAGUUCCCUCCGAGGAAGCUCAUGCUGGCGUGGCUACAAGCUGCAUUGCCCGACUGUAAGGUUACCAAUCUCACGACCGAUUGGAACAGUGGGGUGCUGUUGUCGGCUCUGCUGGAUUAUUGUGAGCCGGGAUUGUUUCCACAUUGGCGUACACUGGAUGUUCAUGAUUCGGUUCGGAACUGUGAGCGAGCGAUGAAGAUCGCCUACGACAGGUUUGGAAUACCGAAAGUUCUGGAACCGGAAUAUUUAGCGUCCAGCUGGUUGGAUGAACUUUCAGGAAUGACGUACUUGUCGUACUUCAUGAAACCCGAUGGACCAGGCUACAAUACCACUAUGAGAUGGGUCAACAGCGUCGUUAAGCGCCCGGUCAAUAAUUUUACGACGGACUUUAACGAUGGUAAAGUAUUCUGUGAGAUCAUCAAAGAUCUUGGUGGACCUGUCCCAGAUCCAAGCAAGUUAAGUUCGGAACCGAUGAUGUGGGAAAGCAACCAGAAUAAAGUCAUCGAAGGCGGUCUGAAGCUGGGAGUUAAGCCCGUAUUGGCUGCCAAAGACAUGGCCACUGCGGAUGAAGAACAUCUCGGAAUUAUGGCUUACGCAACGUGGUUGCGUUGGGUUAUUCCGAGGGCUCCCUUGACGGAUAUGUUGGCUGUUCAACUGGAAAGCACUUCCGGAAGAAUUGGUGAACCGACUCGAUUCCGGGUGGAAGUGCUUUCGAGGGAGAUUGAUAUGAGUAGCGUGAAGGCGUAUGUCAGUACUCCAAACAGUAAUACGCUACAGCCGGUGAAGUUAAGCUCCAGAGGGGAGGGCACUUACAUUCCAGAUAAGUACGGAAUGCAUGAAAUUGUUUUGGAGGUUGACAACAAUCAAUUGGGAGGUCAUUUCUUCCGGGUAUUACCUCGACUUGUGAAUGUAGCUCCACCGGGAAUGGCUCCCUGUGCCCUGGGAAGUCUGGUGGAAGUACUCGUAAAUGCAACAGGUGCUCCAAAAACUGAAGACAUUCUGGUUACGGCGUACAGCCCGUCCGGAAGACCAUUGAAGUGUCCACUGAAAAAGAUUGACCACGGACACAGUGCCAUAUUCAAGCCGGACGAAGCCGGCGUUUGGGAGAUUGCCAUAACGUACCAGGGACGUCACAUCCAGGGUGGUCCAUUCACCUGCUCUGUAUUCGAUCCCAGUGGUGUCUCGGUACACGGAUUGGACGGUGCCAUGCCUCUACGGGCGCAUUCAUUCGAAGUGGAUGCCCGUGGAGUCGGAGUCAGCGGAGAACUGCACGUCGAUAUUGUUCACGAGAAGCGCUCACUGGUUUGUUCGGUAGAAAAGCUACAGGAAAACAAAUACCAGGUGACUUUCAUGCCAAGACAAAACGGUAAGCACCGAGUUUAUAUCUACUUCAAUGGAUAUGACGUGAAAGGUUCGCCGUAUAUCAUGCGUGUCGGUAGCAAGGGACGUUCCGGAAAGACAAGAAGUAGCCCACAGCACGAGAGUAGAAUGCGGUCGGAAAGUCCGUCGUACCAUUUUCAUAGUUCAUCCUUGAACAGGAAAAAUGAAGUAAAACGGGAUAUCUACUCUCCGCAAACAGUUCCCACAACGAAGGACAUCUACAGCACUCGAGUAACAUCCCCGCUUCGGGAAAGUCCAUCCCCGAAAGAUGUGCUGAACAGCAGCAAUUUCAAAACCGAGUAUAAGAACUUCUCAACAGACAACGAUCACAGUUUCAAGAAGAGUACCGAACUGUUGAACAGCGAUUUCAAGACGCCUCCCAAGGAUGAAGGCUACAACUAUGUCAAAACGGUUCGUACGGAAAAUCACGUUACCAAGACAAUCCGCCAGCAUCGUGAUUCAGAGAGUCCUAGUCUACUUCGCGCUAGCCCUGGCCUCAAAAGCCCUCAAACGGUAUCCUCAACAAUCUACGAAUCCAACGCACGCAAUGCUACGGCUAGUCCAAAGAUCUACACUUCCACAACGCGCUACGUUCCGUCACCGGUAGAGCAUCGAAUCUCCAGUCCAAUCAAUAUGCACGAAAAGAACGAAACAUACAAAGUUACCGAACGGGAAUCCACGUACAAGAGCACCAUCACACGGGACGUAGCCCGUGACAGCCCAAUCGAGAUGUACAAAGUCAGCUCUCCAUCGGCGGUGGACUACUCUUCCAACAUUAGAGUGACCUCCAACAAUGGACCAUCCCGCCGCGAUAGUCGCGAUGUCAUCAGCAAGACGAAGCACAUGUUCUCGCAGAACUCGCUGGAAUCGUUGGCCAACUUAACUGAGAAGCAACUGAACACGGAUCUGACGUAUGACCGCACAGUUGAUUCCCAAACGGAAAAGAACACGCACUUCAACAAGUUUUCUCUCGGCGAGAACAACUACCGCGGCGAUCGGAAGCUGAUUGAAGACGAUGGCCUCUACCGUCCGGGAGGGUAUUUGAAGAACUACAAGACGGAAUCGAGCGAACGUUACGAAAAGUACACAACUUUGAACAGCGGAUUUGAACCUAUUGGACAAGACGUCUCCGGGGCCAGAGCGAUCCGGGUUCAGGACAUCCCCGAUGGAGUACUGGGCCGACCGGUUGAAUUCGAAAUUGACGGUUCCCAAGCCGGUUCCGGUAAUCUGGAAAUAUUGGUCAACGGCGGUCGUGUGACUUCGGCGGUGCGUGCGUUGGGAAAUCAGCGUUUCAUUGCAAGCUUUACCCCGCACGAAUCGGGAGUUCAUACUGUCCAGAUCACGUUCAAUGAGGAAACCGUACCAGGUUCACCGUGGAAUAUCAACAUAAUGUCGUCACCGGGGCUGACGGCUCUCGGUGAAUCCACCCGGCUGGUGCCGGCCAACGUGCCGGCGGUUUUUGAGGUGCUGCCGCCUCCUGGAGCUUCGAUCCGGGGCAGUGACUGCGUUGCGACCGUGCUUUCGCCCAGCAAGAGCAAGGUCAACGCGCGGGUCACCCACGAGGCGGCCAACGGUGCAGUGCGGAUUGAGUUCGUCCCGAACGAGGUCGGAACGCACAUUGUCGAGGCCUCGAUCGGCGGCACCACCCUGGUCGGGGGACCACUGAUUGCCAAGGUGUACGACUCGAGCUUGAUUCAGGUCACGGAUGUGAACGGUGGAGUGGUGGGCCAGCCCUGCCAGUUUAGGGUGGAUGCAAGCGCGGCCGGUGAAGGCCAACUGGAAAUUUCGAUCAAUGAAGGCGAAGUUCCGAAUCACGUACAAGUCGUUGGGGGUGGGAGAUGUUUGGUUUCGUUUACUCCGGAGCAGGCGAAGCCUCAUUUGAUUGAUAUCAAGUUCAAUGGAGAGACCGUCAUCGGUUGUCCGUUUGUGUGUUCGGUGGCCGACACCAGUCGAGUGUUGCUCAACUUAUCAAACUUAGAGCUGAUUCCGGUGAACAGGCCAGCUUCUUUCCACAUCACCGUGAGUGGUGGAGGAGCCGCGGAACUGGCCGUUAGUGUGCGUGGUCCACAGGGAGAGCUACCCGUACGAGUGACUGGUGACAUCCAUGCAGGGUUCACAGCGGAAUUCACUCCGAAUAAUGUUGGAGCUCACACAAUCAAUGUGGAGUACAACGGUUAUCCGGUGCAGGGAACUCCCUUCGUUGCCAAGUCUUAUGACGCGACCAAGGUUGGAGUUGGAUCUGUUUCCAAGGGUACCGUUGGAAGACCCGUGCAGUUCACCGUCGAUGCCGGAGACGCCGGCGAAGGAAAUCUGGAGAUCACCAUCUCCGCCAAAGGCCAUAACAUACCCACCCAGGUGCAUCCGCAGGGGAAUGCCAAAUUCGCUGUGUCGUUUGUCCCAGCCGAGCCAUGUGAACACAUCAUCAACGUAUCGUUCAACAAAAUGCUUGUCCCGGGUUGCCCCAUCACGGUUAUAAUCAACGGGGGCACUACGGGGCCACAGGUGUCCCUCGGAGGGCCCGGGCCGCUACAUUUGCCGAAUUCGCUAAUAAUCAAUCACGCCGGAGGCCGACUGGAGGACAUCGAAGUCAAUGUUGAAGGACCAUCGGGCCACUCGGUGCCAGCGCAAGUGCUACAGACGGCGGACGGUGUGUUCAAGGCGGAGUUCGUGCCGCGGGUGGUCGGCGAGCAUCGGGUCAGCGUCACCGUGGAGGGUCAACCGACCGUCGGCAGUCCUUAUUCGGCCAAGGUCUACGAUGUAACGGCGAUCAAGGUUAAGAACGUCAACAAUGGCACGGUGGGAAAACCGGUCGUAUUCUUGGUCGAAACAUCUCAAGCUGGUCCGGGCAAUCUGGAGGUUACGGUGAACGGUGGACGAGUGCCGACAUCGGCCCAAGCGCAAGGUCAACAUACGUACGCCAUCAGUUUUACGCCGCGAGAGGCACAGAACCACACCGUUGAGUUACGCUUCAAUGGACAGGAUGUGCCGGGAAGUCCUUUCACUUGCAAGGUUUCGCCAGCGGCACGCAUCGUCACCAGUGACUUGAUGGACAAGGUGAGCGUGGGGCAUGUGUUCGAUUUCAUCGUUGAGUCGGACAUCUCACCGGUCGUGGAAGUUCUUGGCCCUGCCCGACGUGCAGUGCGCGCCGAUGUUAUUCCCGUCUCCGGUGCCUAUCGGGUGAAGUUUGAACCCAUUGAGGUGGGUGAUCAUUCGGUGGAGGUGCGUCUGCCUGGUAGCGGGCAUGUGGAAGGAAGUCCAUUCCUGUUGAAGGCAUAUUCGGCGGAGAAAGUUGUGGUGACCGAUAUCAGACCCGGGGUUGUUGGAAAGAGUGUCAGUUUCGGAAUCAACGCAAGUCAAGCUGGAGCGGGAAAUUUGGAGAUUAUUGUCGCAGUUGGAGGGAAAAAUGUGCCGAAUUUUGUCCAAUCGGAGGGCAAUGCACGGUUCAAGGUCAACUUUAAACCUACUGAAGCAGCAACACAUUCGUUGUCGGUCAGAUUCAAUGGGUAUCCAGUUCCAGGUUCACCGUUUGCCUGCCAUGUAACGCAUGCUCCUGUAUCGUUGUCCAAAGCUAUUGCGGCUGGCGAAUGUUUGCGGCAAGCUCCCGUUAAAUGUGAGAAUAUAUUUGAGCUGGAAGGAUUCGAUGGCAUUGAUCCUCAAGUGCUGAUAACAUCUCCGUCGGGCGAUACAGUUUCCAGUAGAGUGACUUUCCGGGAUGACAUUCAUUUUGUUUCGUUUGUGCCGACUUCAGUCGGCAGACAUCUAAUCAGCGUGACGGCUAAUGAUCAACACAUCAAUGGUUCGCCGUUCUCUUGCAAUGUCUUCGAUGUCUCGCGGGUUGCUAUCAGUGGCCUUGACCAUCACAACACUUUAGCUUCUUUGGGUGUUCCCCUUACCUUUAGUGUUGAUGCAGCGGGUGCCGGUGAAGGAACUCUCGAGCUAGUUGUAUCAACUGCAACAAGUACAGUUAAAGCUGAAGUCACUGCUUGCGCAAGGGGGCUGUACGAUGUGACAUUUGUACCGCAAACCUGUGAGCCACACUUCGUGAACAUCACAUUCAACGAUCUUCCAGUUGACGGAAGUCCAUUCCGCUGCGAGGUGCAGCAGAACACGCAGAACGUACAGGUUGGCAACAACACCUUUAUCGAGUUGGUCAGUGAAGAUCAGGCCGUGGAAAUCUACGACCCAGAGAACAAGAUGGUACCGUUCACAUUAUCCAGAAAAUCUGCUGAAUUCAAAGCAACCAAAAUCGGUAGCUACGUCGUUCGUUACAUCGAUCAGGAAACUCGUUCCUUCAUCGCUGCCAGGACCAUAAACGUAUUUGAUCCUUCUAUGGUAAAGAUCGUAGAAGUUGGGGAAGCCUAUUGCCAUAAGCCAGCAUCCCUAGCAGUGUCGAUCGUAGAUGCCGGUCAGGGAACGCUAACUUCCGUGGUUAGAUGCGGUGGUUUGGAAGUGCCGCACUCGAUCCGUGGACCCACCAAAAACGGUACCUGGGAGAUUGUUUAUCACCCCACGCGUGUUGCCCCGCACAAGAUCAUGAUUCUUUAUAAUCAGGUCCCGAUCGCAAGUAAACCUAUCGAGAUCAAUGUUUUGGCACCAGCAAUGACAAAGGAGAUCACCGUAAAUGGUCUGGGGCUGUACCAGGCCCGCGUCACCAAGACCACCUCGUUUGCCAUUGACACCGUUGGUCAUCCGGCACGGGAGUUUGAUGUGGUCGUUUCUGGCCCGGGAGGUCAAGCUCUGCCGGUGCGCUGCUACCAGACCAAGGGUGGCCAUCUGCAGGCGGAGUUCACCGUGCAGAAGGUUGGGCAAUGCUUGAUUGACGUUCUCCAUCAAUCGAAACCUUUGCCAGGAAGUCCGUACACCUGCGAGUCGUACGACCCAUCCAAGAUCCACCUGCAGAAAGUGCCCAAGAUGAACCUUUGCACCAACUCACCGAUAACCUGGAAUGUUGAAUCAGAAGCGGCCGGCGUUGCCGAAAUCGAAGUCACGGUCCUAUCCCCAACCGGACAGAAUGUGCCCGUCCAGUUGACCCAACAGGAGGACUACGUUCACCAGGUUGAAUUCUUGCCACUGAGUGCCGGUCACUACAAAGCCACCAUCAUGUACGGAGGGGAGAAUGUUCCGGGUUCGCCGAUUACCUUUGCCGUGCAAGCCGUCGGCAGCAAAACCGAUAGCCACGCGUCCGGAAAUGGUCUGGAAGUGGCCCACCGUGGCAAGGAGACCUCCUUUGUGGUGUUCUGCCCGACGAUGCCCAACGUGCAGAUCGAGCGAUGCGACGAACAAGCGGAACGAAUCGAACCCAAGAUCAAGAAUUUGGGUAACAACGAGUGGAAGAUAUUUUAUACUAUACUGACGGUUGGAGAGUACGAAAUCCGGGCAAGUUGUACUAACAGAGGUCCUUUACCAGGGUCUCCGUGGACCAUUUGUUGUUUGGAUCCUGCGAAGGUCACGCCAAUUGGAGGUUGGGGUAGCCUGCUGGACAACAAUGGAAAGCUGCUUUUGCCAGCGAAGAUUGCCUUCGAUACCAGUAUGGCAGGUCCAGGCGAACUAACCUGCUACGUAGACAACAACGAAAUAACAGUUGAGAAGCAGAGCAAUGGACGUUGUCUGUUAUAUUUGUCCGAUGAGGAACUGUCAAAAGGAGAGCAUAGUUUCGAUUUGACUUGGUCUGGGCUUCCAAUUUCUCAAAGUCCCGGAUACGUUUUCGUUACGGGAAAUUCAUCGUCUGCCGAUAAGGUCGUACUCACCGGAAGAGGGUUGACAUCCGCUCAAGUAGGAGAAAUUUCUCAUUUCACCAUAGAUGCAUCGGAAACGAUAUCCGGUAAACCAGAAGUGCACAUGGAAUACGAAGACGGUGAGAAUCUGCCAGUAACUCUCCUACAACCACGGCCAAAUGAACUGAUUUGGCUCGCAUCGUACAAUCCACACAAAUCGAGCGGAGGACCACUGAGUCUCUCGGUCGAAUGGAAUGGCCGCCUUAUCAAGGGAUGCCCUUUGACGAUAUCCGUCGGUCCGGCAGUAGAUGCCGCCAAAGUGUUGUGCUCUGGUGAAGGCCUUCGAAACGGCGUUGUUGGUAGGGACAUCAAAUCCUGGAUUGACACCAGACGGGCAGGGCCAGGUGAACUGACGGCUCAUUGCGCCGGCCCGCGGAAGGUUGCUUACUGCGAGCUGUACGAUCACGGAGAUGCCACCUUCACGUUGAAUGUGAAACCCCAGGAACCGGGACGGCAUACGCUCACCAUCAAGUACGGAGGCCAACACGUUCCAGGAUCUCCCUACACACUUCGGGUGGCAGGGGCUCCCGAUGCCAGUAAGGUUCGCGUCUACGGACCGGGGAUCGAACAUGGCGUGCUGGCUACGUUCCAGUCGAGGUUUAUCGUUGACACACGGGGUGCGGGAGCCGGUCAGUUGACGGUUCGCGUACGUGGUCCCAAGGGUGCGUUCAGGGUGGAGAUGCAGCGGGAGAGUCAGAAGGAUAGGACUAUUCUCUGCAAGUACGAUCCAACGGAACCGGGCGAUUAUCGCGUGGAGGUGAAAUGGGCCGGCGAGUUGGUACCGGGAUCACCAUUCCCGGUGUUGAUCUUCGAUACGCAGGAGGAGCUCAAACGAUUCUUACACGGCAAUUAGCAUCACUCUUUUAGCAUUGUUUUUAUUUAGUAAAGUUUAACUUACUUUUAAGAUGUUAACUAAUUUAUGUUGGACAAAGACGAAGAAAUGUUCAUAUUAAAAUUCAAAAUUAUAACAGAUUAACAAAUGGUGUAAAACAAAGACGAUUCUAUAUUUACCUGUACUUGUUGGAGGAAACAUAUUUUGGAAUCAAUCAAUCGAUUUGAAUGUAUGUAUUUAUUACAUAGUGACAAAUAAAACACUGGAUUUAGUAAAAAAAAA